AUGGUCAGUAAAAAUUCAAACUCAUUUUCUGUCUACGAGACCAGUGUCGAAGAUGUUUGGGAAGCUGACGAUGAAGAAUUUCUUUCUCUCAUAUCAAAAGCAGGUAAUCUCUCUCGAAACCCAACUGGAACACCGCGUACUUUGAUGCCUGGGAGAGUAGUUCGACUUGAGACUAAUUCUGAUUCUUCCUUGUCCCUGGCGCAACCCUCUGUUGAGCGCCGCAUUGAACAAUUUAACUCCCUUAUUAAUUCGCCAUUUACAGAUUUGACAAUUCUUCGUAAGCUCUCUUGGUCAGGGAUUCCCCAAGCCAUACGCCCAGUCACGUGGAAAUUGCUAUGCGACUAUCUUCCAGCAUCCAGUGAUCGAAGGAGUUCAAUCCUAGAGAAAAAGCGAAAACAGUAUCGUGAUUUGAAUGACCAAUUCUUUAAUCUUCGUAACGGCCAUGAUGGCGCAGAAAUAUUUAAACAAGUUCAAAAAGAUCUCAUCCGAAUGCCGAUGCUUCAAAAUCGACAGGAUCUAUUUGGAUUGUUUGAAAGGGUGCUUUUUAAUUGGUCGAUUAGACACCCAGGAAGUAGUUAUGUUCAAGGCAUAAACGAUCUGUUAACGCCGUUUUCUGUGGUCUUCCUUUCCGAAUACGUGAAAACAGAGAUGAAUUCCUCGGGUGAAUUGAAGCUCUCUGCUCCAUUAACCGGAGAACAGAUGCAAAACCUAGAAGCAGAUGUUUUCUGGUGCGUUUCGAGGCUCCUAGACACAAUUCAAGAUAGUUACACAUUUGCUCAACCAGGAAUUCAGAACAAUAUUAAUAAACUAUCCAGUCUGAUCGAACGAGUGGAUAAUGAAUUGCAUAAACAUUUAAUGCUACACAAAGUGGAGUAUUUGCAAUUUUCUUUCAGAUGGAUGAAUAAUCUCCUAAUUAGAGAGCUGCCUCUUCGAUGUAUCAUUCGAUUAUGGGACACGUAUAUGGCUGAACCAGAAGGAUUUUCCCAAUUUCAUGUGUAUGUAUGCGCGGCCUUUUUGCUUCGAUUUAAGGAUGAUUUAAUGAGACAAAAUGAUUUCCAUGGUUUAUUGGUAUACCUCCAAGCCUUGCCAACACAUCGAUGGACUAAUGAUGACAUUGAGCUUGUUCUUGCACUGGCCUACCAAUAUAAGAGUCUAUUUUCUCAAGCGCCCAAACAUUUGGACUACCAGAAGAGUGAUAUACAGUAA